UCGCUAAUGCGGUUAAAUUAGUAAAAAUUAAUCAAGUAAAAUCACAAAAUAAAAUAUUUAAAAAUAUGCCAAAAUUAAAUCCAUAUUUAGAAAACAAAAAACCAAUUGAAUUGGUUCAAGAAAUAAAAGACGAAUACAAAGUUCCUAGUUAUGAGGAAUUUGUGAAAAGUUAUGAGAAUGAUGAGGAAAUAAAUGAGAGUUAUGAUUUUGAAGUUGCCAGUUAUGGAGGUAUAGGAGAACCGAAGGGGUCUGGACCAAUGUUUAAUUUUUUUCAAUUGCUUCAAGUUUUAGUUAACACGCCAGCUGGACCGGUGGUAGAGACUGUUGGUCGAGCAGCAAGUUCACCAGAUAUUUCACGAGCAGUAGUGGAAACUGGGAGGUUUAUAGAAGAACACUCUAAUGAAAUAUCUCAAAUUGGUCGUUCUUUUGCUGUUGGGAAUUCUUCAAGUUCUUACUCAGCGUUUACAGCAGCCUCUUCUUAUAGAUUAACGCAUUAUCGUGAUGGUAUUAAGACUAAUGGUAAGUCUGGUCCAAAGCGUUGCUACUAUACUUGGGAUGGUUUUCAUAAUGAAAUUGAAAUGUAUGACCAUCUUGGUAAUCCAGUAGACGCUAUUGACCCUAUUACAGGAAAUAGAUUGUUUAACCCAA